CAAUGUCAUGUUUCAAUCAGUGCUCUAUUGAAAUAUUUUUCUACGAGUGAAAAUGCUAGCACGUAUUUCGUUAAAAAUAUUUUUUGAUAAAUGUAAAUGUAUACAUUUAUUUUUUACAUUGGGGGGACUAUAUCGGCCAAUCCUCGUAGGACCAAUGGUCACAAGAAGGGGGGCCUGCUCAUCUUUCCUAUAAUUAGUAACUUGAGCUCCUUAUUGAAAACUAGACUGUAUCUGAGCAACGGGAACGCACGUGUUCAACAAAGUAUACGUCAUAAUAGCAAACCCUGUAGCAGACAAUGACGUUGGACUUGGAAUCAUUCCUAUCGAUUUAAGGAUUGCACCGGACGUUCCACCAACACCAAGCCGCCGCCAAGUCUGCACGAUCGAUGAUGGCUGAACCCCGCAGCAUCGACCAAAGACACGGUCGCGUAUCCCGAAAGGGAGGGCGACAUACCUUUCGAUGUCUGGACAACAGCGGUGGUGUGGGUGGAAGCGAUGCCUUUUUACGACACAACCCGCAGGCCCGUCUCCCAGCGGAGCACGCACCUGUGGCUCCAUCCAGGGACGACGUGGCCCUCUUCGACCCUUGCUCCGGCCAGCUGAGCGCCGGGGCAGAGGUAGACCUGGGCAUUAAAGGGAGACAGAAGUUCAUAGACUUCAACCACGUGCCCUCUGCCCUGCGUGUCCCCUCCGGCCGAGGCGAGAGACCGCAAACGCCCCGCCAGUCGUCCACCCUGACCCCAGACCCAGCGGCCGACAAGGCGUGGAACUCGAGGAGAAUCCCCGAUGCAGCUCUCAGGGCCAGACUCGGCGGUUGGACCAGUGCUGUCAAGAUGAGAGCCGUACCGUCAGAGAGGACUCCUCACACCGCCAGAGUGCUGCUAGAGGAGGACAUUGGGAUGCAGGACGGUCUGUCCAAUGAUGAGAGGGCGUGGAUGGAGAAGGCCGUGCGACGCCACGUGUACACGUCCUCCACACAGAGGAGUUACCAGGAGGUCGACUGGGACGCUAAGUUGCCCCGGCGAUUCCUGGCCCCGCCCACAACGCUGGAGAAGAUGGCGGACCCGGUGACGGGGUGUUCCGCUCCGGCACGUUACCACAGCAGGCCUCAGCUGUGGCAGUUGAUGGGAGAGCAUUGGGACCGACAGCAGGUCCGGGGCCGGAAUGACGUCAGGAAACCCAUCUCAUUCUGCAGUCCAUGCCCAAAAUCAGGUCAAAUCCCGCUUUAUAGUGGUAUUAUUGGCUCGGCGAACAAGGACCACAUAGAUAACAUGGAGGCAUACUUCCAUCCCACUCCGCUGAGGAAGACCAUUCCGCCAUACACCCCUACCGCGCGUCGCAGAACCAUCCCUGGUUACGCGGGCAAGGGAGUCUAUGCUGACAACACUGAUGUCUCUCUGCCCAUUCUAUCUCUUCCUGGGACAAUCAUGGGAUUCGGGCCCCCAACUUUCGGGCGUAAGGGGCCUCUGUCCAAAAUGGUGAGCACCACGUCACCGUGGAACCCGUUCCUGGUACCCAGGGCCCUGCCGCGGCUUCCUAUGUGACGCGGAAAAACAAGUAAAGAGACAAAGCGCAUGACAAAGUUUGAGCGAAAAGUGUCGGCUCCUUUUUUUCUGCCACCCAAUCUGUUUGUAUGAAUACAUCUAUAAUGAUGUGAUAUCGAUGACUGAUUCUGAGUGAGCCGGGGUAUAAUGAGAUCCAACAUUAGCAUAAUUUCCCUGAUUUAGAUGAGUGGUUUUCUAACUCUUGGGUUGGUGAGCUUUUGCAUUGUCCUCCAUAAACGCUCUCUCUCUCUCUGUCUCCCUCUUCUAUACGUCGCUCCCUCUGUGUGGCGCAGGCGGGCGGGGCAGGAAAGGCUGUGUGCGUGCAAGCGUGCCCAUGCGUUGUGUGCGCGUACAUCACGUAUGCGUUAUUCUUUUUUUAAGAGCGACGCAGAGCAAAGGAAAUCCUGAGCAAAAAGUGUGCUUUGAUACAGGAACUUUAUCGCUGCCGUAUUUACAUUGCAAAGUGUGUAUAUAUAUUAUGCAGCUUAAGGUUUAUCUUGAAAGGGAAAACAUAUUGCCCCAAUUGAAUGAAGCUAUGAACAAGGAAACAGUUUUUGUUGCAAUGUAUUUAGUGCUGUGGUUUGUGCAAUUUCUUAAACAGGAAAUAAGGAUGAGGUUGUUUCCUGAUCCAUCGAUAAUUUUAAAUAUUUACUCUAAUUGUGGAUUUACUUUCACCUUAAGUUUACAGACUUUCAAUGUCAAAAAAGAUUGAUGUAUUAUUAUGUUACACUAUGCAUAUCAUAUAGUAUUCUGGUAUUCAUUUGAUCCCUGGCUAAAAAUAAGGUUUUCUGAGUUUGUAUUCUCUAUAAAAAAAAAUAUAUAAAUCACACACGAUCGUGAUGAAAAUGGCCUGAGUGUGCACUUUUCAUUAAAGGUGAUGGAUGAGAACAGUAUUCAGUAUCAACCCAUGAAGUAACUCUUGUUUGGGAUCGGGUGUGAAAGAACCAGAGUAUGUGUACAACCUGAUCACAAUCAUACCACAGAAUCUAAAACGAGAACCGAAGCAGAACCCAGCCUCUCUUUAGGGUCAAUAUAUCAAUCCUAUUUUCGCCGCUACCUCCCUCGGUUAAAAAAUACAUGGAUC